AUGAUAAUUGAUACACCAGAAGUACAAGAUAUUGAUUCUUUUUCUAGAUUAGAGUUUUUAAAAGAGUUUUAUGGAAUUAUAUGGGUGCUUAUUCCUAUUUUGACUCUUGUAUUGGGAAUCACAAUAGGCGUACUGGUAAUUGUAUGGUUAGAAAGAGAAAUAUCCGCAGGGAUACAACAACGUAUUGGACCUGAAUACGCCGGCCCUUUGGGAAUUCUUCAAGCUCUAGCAGAUGGGGCAAAACUGGUUUUCAAAGAAAAUCUUCUUCCAUCUAGGGGGGAUACCCGUUUAUUCAGUAUCGGGCCAUCCAUAGCAGUCAUAUCAAUUUUAGUAAGCUAUUCAGUAGCUCCUUUUGGCUAUCACCUUGUUUUAGCGGAUCUCAAUAUCGGUGUUUUUUUAUGGAUUGCCAUUUCUAGUAUUGCUCCGAUUGGACUUCUUAUGUCAGGGUACGGGUCAAAUAAUAAAUAUUCCUUUUUAGGUGGUCUACGAGCUGCUGCUCAAUCGAUUAGUUAUGAAAUACCAUUAACUUUAUGUGUGUUAUCAAUAUCUCUACUAUCUAACAGUUCAAGUACAAUUGAUAUAGUUGAGGCGCAAUCAAAAUACGGUUUUUGGGGAUGGAAUUUGUGGCGUCAGCCUAUAGGGUUUAUCAUUUUUAUCAUUUCUUCCCUAGCAGAAUGUGAGAGAUUACCUUUUGAUUUACCCGAAGCAGAAGAAGAAUUAGUAGCAGGUUAUCAAACCGAAUACUCGGGUAUAAAAUUUGGUUUAUUUUAUGUUGCUUCCUAUCUAAACCUAUUAGUUUCUUCAUUAUUUGUAACAGUUCUUUAUUUGGGAGGUUGGAAUAUCUCUAUUCCGGACAUAUAUGUUUCUGAGCUUUUUGAAAUAAAUAAAACAUGUGGAGUUUUUGGAGCGACAAUUGGUAUCUUUAUUACAUUAGCUAAAACUUAUUUGUUCUUGUUCAUUCCUAUCACAACAAGAUGGACUUUACCGAGGCUAAGAAUGGACCAACUAUUGAAUCUUGGAUGGAAAUUUCUUUUACCUAUUUCUCUCGGUAAUCUAUUAUUAACAACCUCUUCCCAACUCUUUUCACUGUAAGGUAAAUUUACAACUUGUCUCAAACAAGAGAAAUAAACAAACAUAAAAUUAUUCAUAAUAUAUAUUAAUGAUAUGUUCUCUAUGGUAACUGGGUUCAUGAAUUAUGGUCAACAAACAGUACGAGCUGCAAGGUACAUUGGUCAAAGUUUCAUGAUUACUUUAUCUCACGCAAAUCGUUUACCUGUAACUAUUCAAUAUCCUUAUGAAAAAUUAAUCACCGCGGAGCGUUUCCGCGGUCGAAUCCAUUUUGAAUUUGAUAAAUGUAUUGCUUGUGAAGUAUGUGUUCGUGUAUGUCCUAUAGAUCUACCCGUUGUUGAUUGGAAAUUGGAAACUGAUAUUCGCAAGAAACGGUUGCUUAAUUACAGUAUUGAUUUCGGAGUCUGUAUAUUUUGUGGUAAUUGCGUUGAGUAUUGUCCAACAAAUUGUUUAUCAAUGACUGAAGAAUAUGAACUUUCUACUUAUGAUCGUCACGAAUUGAAUUAUAAUCAAAUUUCUUUGGGUCGUUUACCAAUGUCAGUAAUUGACGAUUAUACAAUUCGAACAAUUUUUAAUUCGCCUCAAAAAAAAAAAGUAAAUCUCUUGAUUAAAGAAUAAUUUAUAAUUACUUUACUAAGACUAUUACUUUACUAAUAAAUAAUACUAAGGUUCAUUUUUUUUUGAUCUAAUCUAAAGGAAUCGGGUUUCUUUCGUUUUGUUUGGUCAAUAACUACAAAUCCCAACUGUUGAUUAGUUGGUUAAGAAUCACGUCUUAAUUUGGAUUGAAAAUCCAUUAAUUAAUAUAUCUGUAAUUAUUUUUACAUAUAUAGUUUCAAAUGAGAACUACUCUUUCAGAUAACGAAUUUAAUUAGUCCAAUAAUUGUACUUACAUUUAUUCAUAUCCCUUAGGAUUUAAUUAGGAAUUGCUCAAAAAUUAUAAUUUUUUUUCUGUUCGGAUUUCAAUAAGGUCAUGAAAAACAUUUCGAUUUAUUUAUCUCUUAUUUUACAUAUAAUGGAUUUGCCCGGACCAAUACAUGAUUUUCUUUUAGUCUUUCUGGGAUCGGUUCUUAUACUAGGAGGUAUGGGAGUGGUAUUAUUUACCAACCCCAUUUAUUCUGCCUUUUCAUUGGGACUGGUUCUUGUUUGUAUAUCCUUAUUCUAUAUUCUAUUAAACUCCUAUUUUGUAGCUGCUGCACAACUCCUUAUUUACGUGGGAGCUAUAAAUGUUUUAAUCGUAUUUGCUGUGAUGUUUAUGAAUGGUUCAGAAUAUUACAAAGAUUUGAAUCUUUGGACCGUUGGGGAUGUGGUUACUUUGCCAGUUUGUACAAGUAUUUUUGUUUUACUCAUGAUUACUAUUACAGAUACGUCAUGGUACGGGAUUAUUUGGACUACAAGAUCAAA